UCCCCCUCUCACCUCCCCUCGGGCCCUUUUGCGCACGAAUCCGCGACGUUUUCCACCCGGGCUGCGGCUCGCCCAGCCGAGAUAAAGAGGCGGCGGAGUUGUGGGCCACGCGCGCCUUUCUGGAGGAAGGAAGAAGAGCCCGGCCAAGCGGGCGAAGAGCCGCGGGCGGGGGAAAGGCGCACCUGUUGCUGGCGAGGGAUGGAUCGCAAAAGCGGCGGGGUGGAAAAGAGCCACCUGCUCGACGGGGCGGAAAGCAGGUCCUAUUUAGGAGUCUCAGAAAAGGACCUCCAUGAUUCAAUGGUUGGGUUCGUACCUGACCUCACUUCUCUCGAGCUGGACCUCAAAGGGAACCUUCACUGUCACUCCAGCUGGGCAUCCAGCAAUGGCAACAACACUGAGCAAAAGCGAGCUCGUCGGAAGCUUUAUCUUGCUUCCGCCAUCUGCUUGGUCUUCAUGACUGGGGAAAUUGCAGGAGGAUAUUUUGCACACAGCCUGGCCAUUAUGACUGAUGCAGCCCACCUAUUGACUGAUUUUGCUAGCAUGAUGAUCAGCCUUUUCUCUCUCUGGAUGGCAUCUCGACAACCUACUAAAACGAUGAAUUUUGGAUGGCACAGAGCAGAGAUUUUGGGAGCCCUGCUGUCCGUUCUCUCAAUCUGGGUGGUGACUGGUGUGCUAGUUUAUCUAGCAGUGCAGAGACUGAUUUCUGGUGACUAUGAGAUAGAAGGAGAUGCCAUGCUUAUCACUUCCGGCUGUGCUGUGGCUGUAAACAUCAUGUACUCCAAAAAGCGUAGAUUUCAAUGAUGUGAAGACCAUCCUGCUCUCUAUAAAUGAAGUGAAAGCCAUUCAUAGCCUCCAUAUCUGGGCUCUAACAGUAUCACAGCCGGUGCUGUCAGUCCAUAUUGCAAUCAAUAAAGAUGCUGAUGCCCAGACGGUCUUGAAGGAAGCCAGCUGCCGACUGCAAAAAGCUUUUGAUUUCCACACGACAACAAUCCAGAUAGAAAACUAUUCGGAGGACAUGAAGGAUUGCCAAAAAUGCCAGAGUCCCACAGACUGAUCCACUGUCGCCAAGUAAGCUGGAGAUGGAUGUUCAGCCAUGUUAAAGCUGCUACCUCAAAAAUAUCCUAAGUGUAACCUGAUUUACUGACUCCUUGUGGCUAAAUCCUUCUUCUGGAAUCAUUCAAUGGAAAGUGCAAUUCUUAGUUUGCUUGAAAUGAAGCCAAAAUACCUUCUCUUUCCUUCCUUCCUUCCUUCCUUCCUUUUUUAUAACAAAAUGGCAGGAAUUUCCUGUCUAUUUAUUUAUGUAGUUAUGGGAUCUACUUUAUGCAUCAUUCCAUAUCUGUUUACUAGGCAAGACUUCUUAAAGCGCCUCUCAAGUUUUAAUUUCGACCAAUAAGCACAACCUUAUAUUCACUAUUUUUAGAGGUCUCAUUGCCAUUCUAAAACCAGAACUUGCUAGGCUAAGACCAUUUUAAAAUUUAGACGCCCACAAAUACAGCACGUCUGUAAUAUCUUAGCUUUGUCCAUCUCUUUGUGAUUUUAGGAUAAAUGCAUUUGGUUUAAGGAGUUGUAGAUGAAUGGUGAAUCGUACCUCAUCUGAAUGCUUCUUUUUGCCUCCAACUAAAAGUUCAUCAGAAGCCCAUUUGAUGAGGAACUAUUGCAGUUAAUUUUUAAUAUGAUUUUUAUUGAAAUUUUUGAAAAAGAAAAAAAAACCUAAUGUAAAGGAAAGAAGAAAAAA